UUCACUUACAAUGUUUGUGAAAAAAAUAAAUAGUUUUAAAUCAGUUAUUUCUUUAUUGAAAGGUCAACAAUUUCAAAAAUUGUCUACUUCUGCUAAAUAUACUAAUAAUAAGUUAUAUUUUACAAAUAGUGUUGAACUAUUUAACAGUAAUUCUAUUUGCUUAAUAACCUCAACAGGUAAAAAUGCUUGUAAUUUUACUGCUAUAAGUGGAAUCCAUAAUAGUGCAUCACCAGAAACAAAUAGAAAUUUUAUUGUUGAAUAUAAUGACAUAUUGAAAGCACAGAAAGAUGAUAAAGUGUUGAUUAUUGAUGUUAGAGAAAAUUCUGAAAUACAAGAAACUGGAAAAUUACCAGGGAGCAUUCAUAUCCCAAUGGGAGAAGUUGCCAAUGCUUUGGUAAAUCUAUCUAGUGAAGAGUUUGAAAAAAAAUACAAUAAAAAGCAGCCUGCUGCAGACACUAAAAUCAUUUUAAGUUGUAAAUUAGGCAAAAGAAGUGGUGCAGUUCAAUCUGAUUUACAAAAAUUAGGAUAUACAAAUGCUUAUAAUUAUCUAGGAGGAUGGCUUGAUUGGGAAAGUAGACAAAAGUGAAUAACAUAUAUAAAAAUCAUUGUAAAAAAUAUUUUAUUUCUUUUGCAAUAAAUGUAAUUUCCUC